AUGGCUGUGGUCCUUCCAGGGCCGUCCAAGCAGCUGGGCCAGGGGCCAGUUGUCUCCCCCAGCCCCGGCUCGAAGGACCCCAAAAGCCUCAAGACUUCCGGCCCCAGCGUGGAUGGCAGUGGUCACCUCCUGGCCGGGGAGGCUGGCUGCACCUUAGAAGAGUCGCUGUACAUGUCCGCGUUUCCUGUGCUGCGGUUUUCACGGGGCUGGUUCUGGAGUCCGGCCCUGGCCCAGGAGUUCCGCUGGAAUCCAGCGGAUGCGUGCCAGUGCCGGCCCGUCGUCAACACAUUCAUGAGGGGCGGUCGGCAGGGAAUCCCGGAGGUUGUGCCGGCCAGAUGUGGGGUUGGAGCUGCUUUGGGCCCAGGGCUGGUUCUCCCUCGGCUUGGCCCUUCAGCUACAUCCGGGAAGGCAGAACAGGCCUCGGUUUCCCUAUGCUUUCGGCCCUCCCUUGUGCUUCUGCAGCUUGUCAUGCACAUCGGGCUGGACGCCUCCCCCAAGGCCAUCGUUCUGGAACAGCACGCCAAGAACCGAGGUUCUUGGGAUGCCGACGUCCGGGGCUUCAGGCCUUCUCGCGGCGAGGGCCUUCCGGAUGGCCCGGAAGUGAUCGCGUCCGGGGUCAGCACGAGGGCGCUCGGCAAGCUGGUGGCGGUGGAGGGCGCGCAGGUGCUCUGCUCUCGCCAUGCGGGCAGAUACGUCUGUGAUUACACCUGCUACCUGUCUUUGCAUCAUGGGAAUGGGCGCACGGCCCUCGUCCGCGUGCCUCCAUUAUCCUGUUGGCUCCCAGGACGUGCUGGACGAGAUGAGAAAAAGCCCGAGCUCAAAGCCCGGUUUGCAGAAAACUCAACCUCGGUGAUUCUAGACCCGGGAAACCGAUGGGGGGGACUGCUCCUUUAGAGAAAAUUAAAUGUUUCAAUCCCGUGUGCAGAGUUCAACUGUGCUUUGAGAGACUUUUUAAAAAUGGCUUGUAAAACAGUUUACACAGAGGGAAAAAGCUCUAAAUUAGCCCAACGAAAUCACAAAGGGUUAUUUUAUUGUCAGAAGAAAGAAGAACACUCUGAAAGGCAGACAUUUCACAAGGGAUUAACUAGCUUCAGUUAUGGUUUUCAUGACAAUAAAAUGAAAUCCUAGUAAUUUUUUUUUCCCUCUUAAAAAGACUGUGCAGCGGGCCUGUGUGAUCCUGCCCGGAUUGCUAAAACCGCAGACCUGUUUGGCAGAGCUGCGUGU